AUGCAGAUCAUGCCAGGAGGCGCAGCUAUAAAGGAUCGCUGGAGAGAGGCAGCAGCAGUAAACCAUUGGAAGCCAAGGAGGAAUCAAUUUUUCAACGCGAUCGUAACCUCAUUUUCUUUCCUACAGGUGAUUAAAAUUUGCCUGCUGGCGGCCGCCUGCGUUGCUCUUCCAGGCGGCAGUGGCGGCGGCUCUAGUGGUGGCUAUGGAGGGGGAGGCGGCGGUGGUGGCCUUGGAGGCGGCCAUGGAGGUGGCGGCAGUGGUGGCUUUGGAGGCGGCGGCGGUGGCCUUGGAGGCGGCCAUGGAGGUGGCGGCAGUGGUGGCUUUGGAGGCGGCGGUGGUGGCCUUGGAGGCGGCCAUGGAGGUGGCGGCAGUGGUGGCUUUGGAGGCGGCGGCGGUGGUGGCUUUGGAGGCGGCCAUGGAGGUGGCGGCGGUAGCGGGAGUGGUUAUGGGGGCGGAGUGGCUGUACCAAUUCCCUACAACUUCGAUUACGGCGUCUCAGCGGGUAACACAAACUUCGGCCACAGCGAGAGCGGGGACGGCCGCGGCAGCGCUCAUGGGGGCUACUGGGUCAACCUUCCCGACGGUCGGGUGCAGAACGUCAACUACUGGGCUGAUGGCAGCGGCUACCACCCCGUGGUGACGUAUCAGGGGACCGCCGUCUUUCCUAGCAGCAAAGGUGGCGGCUACUACUGAAGCGGACUGAAUUUCUCUAUUUCCUGAGUUGGACUGUUGGAAAUUGACAUUAAAUACUCUGGGACACAAGCUUCAACUCUCAUAAAUAAAGAACUGUAGGCAAGGAUCUAGUGUU